AUGAUGAUGGGCCCCUUUUCACUGGUGGUGGUGAGGCUCUGCCAUGGCAGAGGUCCCAAGCUGCACCGUAGCAGGCAGAAAACUGCUGAUGCUGAUUCUGUCACUGCUGGCACUGAAGAAGAUGUAGUAAAGUCAAAGAAAACCUUUCGAAGCCAAGCUGUGGUAAAUCAGAAUGCUGAAACUGAGCUCAUGCUAGAAGGGGAUGAUGAUGCCGUCAGCUUGCUGCAAGAGAAGGAAAUCGACAAUCUUGCAGCUCCUAAAUUUCUUCCCAGGCUGUUCAUUUCAAGAGGCCCCGUGGUCCUCAGCACGCCGGCUCAGCUCAUUGCCCCGGUGGUGGUAGCCAAGGGAACGCUCUCCAUCACCACGACCGAGAUCUACUUCGAGGUAGACGAGGAUGAUCCGGCCUUCAAGAAGAUCGACCCUAAAGUGAGUACAGGACUCGAGGGCGGCGAGCGGGGCGGGGUGGAGGAGGAGGAGAUUUCCUGUAACAAUUAA